AAUGUAUGAGCUGUGAAAGUUUGUUAGAUUUGUGACGCGUGUAAAUGAGCUCCCUGGACUGCACAUAAAGCUGGAGUUGUAUGUGGAGGUAGCAUGCGAUUUAAAUCAGGAGCCACAAUGCGGGGUUCCAGGCUGUGGCUGCAGUCGUGUUGUGUGAGCGCUCUGCUCUCUGGACGCUUGUCCGGCUGCUCGGGCUCACCCACGGCUAUGUUUUCAUCCUUCCCUGGUUUGUGUUCGCGCAAAAAUAGCUGUCACUACGGUAAUGUGGACUCUGAACAUUAUUCAUCACUGGUGAAAUCGGUCGUGUCUACGAGAAUCAGCUGUCAGACUCCAGAAAGUAUUGAAAAAGAAGACCAACUGCUUUACGGAGCUAUCGUAAAAUCCAAGCCUCAGGUGUGCAGAGCGCUUAAAAACCCGUGGCCUCUGUUAAACGACGCAAAACGUGUUCUUGACGCAGAGAACAUUGAGGGAAGCAUGAGCCGGAUAAAACUGCAAAGAGCUUCAGAACACGCCUCUAUACCAAGUGUAACAGCAAUACUCCAAAAGACAAUGUCGGUUCAGCAGACUUUUUAUUUGGAGAGAUGGAAGAAAAGGAUGAUCGCUGAGCUUGGCGUGGAAGGCUUCAAAGAAUACACCAACCAUCUUUUCACACAGGGAAAACUGUUGCAUGUAGCUGUUGAAGAAAUUUUAACUGGAGAAAAAGACUUAAAUGAAGAUGGCAAGUGUCUGGAAAAUGUGUCUGGGUAUUUACAAAGCAUCAGUGGCGUGUUGGAGGACGUUACAGGAGUGAAAGCCAUCGAGAGUGUUGUGCUGCAUAAACCUCUGCAGUACCUGGGAAUUGUAGAUUGCGUUGCCAUAUACAAGAAUUCACUGUGUGUCAUAGAGUGGAAGACAUCAGAGAAGCCAAAACCUUUCCUUCACAACACAUAUGACAACCCCUUGCAGGUGGUUGCCUACAUUGGAGCCUUAAACAGUGACAGAAACUACAACUUCCAGGUGGACAGUGGAUUGAUUGUCAUUGCUUACAAAGAUGGUUCACCAGCCCACACUCACUUCCUGAAAGCAGAGCAAGUGAUGCAAUUUUGGGAUAAAUGGCUCUUCCGACUGGAGGAAUAUAAUGCAUCACCCAAUCCUUACUGAUGGACCAAAAACCAAAUAUGUAUGUAAUUGUCCAAAUAUGUGCUGUUGGUUCUUUUAGUCUUCUUCCUUUCUGUUACAAGAAAGGGUCUGUAUAGGUAUAGCUUUGUAUUUUUGCAGUGCACUUUUUAAUUAACUUGGACCAUUGACUUAAGGUUAGU